UGUCAUAGGAAGGGCUGUCGAUGUUGACACAUUCUGAUUGUAUUGAUUAUUCUUUUUAAUAAUGUAAAUAAAUAAACAAAAACCAAAAAUGGUAGAUAUAAGACAAGUAGACGAUCACGAAAAUGUGAACGGUGUUAAUUUAUCUCUUAAAAUUGAAACUCGUACGAAUACACCAAACACAAAAAUUUUCACUAUCUCAUUUAAAAAUAAGGAACGAAAGGCUCAUUGGCCCAAACUGUCUUUGAUUUUAGCUAUAAUAUUUAAUAUUUUAUCUUUUGUAUAUGUUCGAAUAAGUGUUAACACUUUAUUAGUUAUAAUAAUUGUUUUAUUAUUUUUGGUUUUCUUUUGGAUUACCUACAGUGUUCAAUCAGAGUCAAUAAUUGUGAUUCCAACAGUAGGAAUACAAAGUACUACAAAAUAUGUUUUCGGUAGAGUAGAUGUCUUUGUUCCAUGGUCCAACAUUGAUGAUAUUGUUAUCAAUGAAGUUAUCAAGUUGAAUCGUGUUCUAUAUUAUCUUACACUGCUAGUCAAAAGGGGUCCAAACCAAUCUAGUCAAGAAUCUGAUGGAAUAAAGUUAAUGCCAUUAUUUAAGUAUACAAAACCACGAUUAGUAUUGCUAGAAAUAAUCUAUUCUGAGUUCCAAACAUUACUGAUGGGUGCACAGCGGGAUGGUGUACAAAGUGGCUCUGGAGACAUUGAAUAAAUAAAAAAUACAUAUUAGUGGAAUUUGAGUGUCUGUGUGUUAUAUCUAUAAAAAAUCAUAUUGGAAUUGCUGAUAAUUAAAAACCAAUUUUUUUUUAUCUGUGCCUGUCCGCAAGUACCGGUAAGGUACCGGACGCACGCGUGCAUAUUAAAGGCUACUUUUUUAAUCUAUAGCUAACGAAGUCGCGGGUGACUGUAAGUUUGGAUAUAUACAAAAAAAU